UAUUCAAUUAUAUUCAAUCUGAUCAUUUGUAACCAGCAUCAAUGGAUUCCACCCUUGUUUUCUCUCUCAUCAUCCUUCUCUCUCCUCUCUUCAUCACUUCCUCAUACUCACAAUACACCUUACCAGACCACCACUUCAUCAACUGUGGAUCAUCUUCUUCCUCCAACUUCACCGGCAGAACAUUCAUCGGAGACGACAACCCGGCCACGUUUACUGUCUCUGGUGGCGUUACCGCGGGCAACCCGGCAUCCAGUUUGCCCACAAUCUACCAAACAGCAAGAGUUUUCGCUAAGAAAUCAUGGUACGAGUUCCAGGCAGACUCGAACAACACUUUCGUGAUGAUUCGCCUUCAUUUCUCCCCAUUUCUUUCCAACGGAAUCGACUUAUCGAAUUCAAAAUUCGACGUCUCAGCUUCCGGCUUCCCUCUGUUAUCCGCCUUUAGCGUCGGUAACACGUUACAAAUCAAAGACUUCAUAAUCCCAAUUGGAUCAGAAACACAUUUCAGAAUUGAAUUCACACCCACCAGUCAAUCAUCCCCAGCUUUCAUAAACGCCAUUGAAGCUUUCACAACACCAUCUGACUUGUUCCGCCAAGGCGUUAGUUUACCUCGUGUAUCGCCUGCAGGGGACAAUGGUAACGAGAAUAACUUAUCGUCAUCAUUUGCACUCAUCCCACAUUAUAGAAUUAACGUUGGAGGACAAAACAUUGAACCCGAACGUGACACUUUAAGAAGAAGUUGGAUACCUGAUGAUCCAUACAUCUUCCAAAGUGUGCCAGCAAAGAACAUUAGUUUCUCCGGCACAUUGAUGUAUAACGGACAGGGUUCUAGUCCACAAGAUGCUCCUGAUGAUGUAUAUAAAACAGCGAAAGAACUGACCAACAGUUUGGUUAAUGUAACAUGGAAUUUCGAGGUUAGUAAGAGCGCGAUGUACCUAGUUCGAGCUCAUUUUUGUGACAUUGUAAGCACAGGCCUUGUUGACGCGAAUGCCGGAUUCAACUUCUUCGUCUACAGCCACCACAAGGAGGAGAUUCAACCGGGAAAUAGAAUGAACGCGCUGCAAGCUCCGUUUUAUGUUGAUACCGUGGUGGAUUCGGUUGAUUCGGGGUUUUUGAAUGUUAGUAUUGGCGCGGUUAGAGGUGACAACCAGACCGCGUUGUUGAAUGGGCUUGAGAUUAUGGAGUUAGUGACGAAUUCGGGUGUGGUUGAUCAUGGAAGCAAUGGGAAGAAGAGCAAGACAUUGUAUAUUGUGAUUGGAGGUGUUGUUGGAGGUGUGGCUUUGGUGUUGGUGUUGUUGGUUGGUUUUUUUAUCGGGUCGAAAUGUGCGAAGGCGAAGCCGGUGGUAGGGGUAAAACCGGAAUCUAACGCGGGGCCAUCGCACGGCCGGAGUUCAUACACCACCAUAAAUAUGGACUUUACGAUCACCCACUCGUCGCCGAUGCCUAAUUUGAAUCUUAGCCUUCGGUUUCCGAUUAUUGAUAUCUUGAAAGCAACAAAUGGUUUCGAUGAGAGGUUAUUGAUCGGAAAAGGCGGGUUUGGGAAGGUCUAUAAAGGAACGCUUCCCGAUGGUGUGAUAGUCGCGGUGAAACGAGGCGAAAAAGGACACGGGCAAGGUAGACCCGAGUUUGUGACGGAAAUUAUGGUGUUGUCGAAAAUACGACACCGUCAUCUCGUAACUUUGAUAGGGUAUUGUGACGAAAGAUCCGAGAUGAUACUUGUGUACGAGUUUAUGGAAAAGGGUACCCUUCAAGAUCACUUAUACGACGAGAACAAAGUUCACCCGAAGCUUUCAUGGACUCAGAGACUCGAGAUUUGCAUUAGCGCGACUCGAGGAUUACAUUACCUUCACACGGGAUCAGAUGGAGGUAUAAUUCACCGUGACGUCAAGUCAACAAACAUCUUGCUUAACGAAAACUACGUUGCAAAAGUUGCCGAUUUUGGGAUAUCGAGGUUAGAUAACGUGGACGAAACUGAGAUUUCGUACAUCAAAGGGAGUUUCGGGUAUUUGGAUCCCGAAUACAUAAGAUGCAUGAAACUGACACAAAAGUCAGAUGUUUACUCUUUUGGAGUAGUGUUACUUGAAGUGCUAUGCGCGAGACCAGCACUCGAUAACACACUUCCUCAAAAGGAAGCGAAUUUGGCGGACUGGGGGAUCAAGCAUAUACAAACCGGGAAAGUGGAGGCGAUAAUGGAUCCGUAUCUCAUAGGUACAAUAAACCCGAAUUCGUUAAGGAAGUUUUUGGAUACGGUUGAGAGGUGUUUGAAAGACACGGGAGAUGAGAGGCCGAGCAUGAUCGAUGUGCUAUGGGACUUGGAAUACGCGUUGAAGCUUCACCAAAUGUCUGUGGACAAAGAGCCGUAUGAAGAUAGCACGAUGAAUACGUCGUUGGAGUUGCCAAUGUCGAUGAUUCAUCGCUUGCCUUCUAAUGCCAACGACGAUGAUUCCCAAGUGAAUGAUUAUAGCCGGGCCACGAACUUUCCGACUGAAAGUGAAAGCCAAGUAUUUUCCCAAUUGAACAUGGGUGAAGCUAGAUAGCACAUAUGAGCAAUCAAGGGGUGUUACGUAAUGUUGGUGGUCAUUUGUGAUUAUUUGUACUAUUUAUUUUGAUACAUGUAAUAUGUUGUAGAUGGUGUUUUUGGGUGACAGGUGAAUACAUAGUGUGUCAAGAAAUAGGAAAUCGUGUAAGAAAAGAAAAGAAAUGUACUUUUUUUUUGUAGCUAUAUUUGAAUAAUGUGUUUUUGUUAAACUUGGUAUUGAUAAUAGCAUUUGUUUUUUUUUU